GAAACGGGAUAAGUGAGAUUUUUUUUCCCCCCCUGAAAUGAAAAUAGUUUACCUGUAGCCUGAACACCUGCGCUUUAUUGUGCUCUCCUUUUGACUUGACCCGUCUUUGUGUCUGUAAAUGAGCUAAUGCAGCAGAGCAGAACUCAAUGUCCCAGCUGCCCCGGCUGCGUCUCUGACUCUGACUGCUUCCCCCUCGCCGGUCUCGACACAGCUGCGUGUGGAAGUGAGACCCCGUCGCCUCCGCAGGAAGGCGAAGCGAGCAGCCAUGGCUGUGUGAGUUUCUAUCAAACACAGGGCAGGGGAGGGACUGCGGUCCCGCCUCCACCAUGGGUAGCUAGUUCACUGUUAGGACAGCACAGUAGUGUAGGCGCUGCUGGCAGGUGUCUCAGCUCAGCUGCUGUUGACCAGCCUAAUCUGACGGAUCGCGUGAAGAUGAGGUCCACCGUGAUGUUCUACCUGUGCUACCUGCUGUGCGUGGCGGUGGGGCUGGCCUGCGUGGCGUGCGUGUGCGUGUGGAACAGCCGGUGGAGAGGAGGCUUCGCCUGGGACGGCUCGGGCCUCCAGUUCAACUGGCACCCGGUGCUGAUGGUGACCGGCCUGGUGGUGCUCUACGGCUACGGCGCUGUGCUGUACCGUGUGCCGCUGACCUGGGGUCAGAACAAACUUCCCUGGAAGCUGCUCCAUGCAGCGCUGAUGCUCCUCUCCCUCAUCCUGUCCGUCCUGGGGCUCUGCGCUGUCUUCGACUUCCAUAACGCCCAGAAGAUUGCCAACCUGUACUCGUUACACAGCUGGAUUGGAAUAGCAGCCGUAGCUCUUUUUGCAGCACAGUGGACGGCGGGUUUGGCAGGCUUCCUCCUGCCCUGCUCCCCCGUAUCGCUACGCAUGCUCCUGAAACCCGUCCACGUGUGGCUGGGCGGCAGCAUCCUGCUGCUCAGCGUCGCCGCCUGCAUCUCAGGCAUCAACGAGAAACUCUUCUUUGUCCUAAAAGCGAACUCCAGUGGAGGACCUUACUCCAGCCUUCCAUCCGAGGCUUUGUUGGCAAAUUCAUUGGGGGUGUUGAUUGUAGCCUUUGGCUUGGUGGUCCUCAAGAUUCUGUCCAACACUAAGUGGCAGAGACCAGAGUCCCGUCCUGAGGGCAUGGCUUACACGCCGUUGCUUCAAGGAGAGAUUGAAUGAGAGUCGAGCCACUUCCAGCAGUUUUCUGCAAAAGCCGUGCAGUCAGAAGAGAUUACAUGUGGCUUGAAUGUUUCUGUUUUUUUUCCCUGAUAAUGAUUAACUUUGAUGUCUGGUGUAUGAAGUACUAAUCUGCUUGUUGUUGAUGUAAAUAUUUAUCAGGAGUUAUAUUUAAAGUUGCUUUUCAUCCAAAGAAUAAAUGAUGGUUUCUCCAUCA